CCAGGUUCCUUCCUCAGGAAAAGCCGAGGUCAGGCACAGCCUUGCCAAGUCUCCUGCCCAUCUCUGGGGCUGCAGACACCAAUCUCAUGCUCAUGAUGGGGGAAGGAGGGAGAAAAUCUGGCAGGAACUCUUAUUGCAGCAGGGCCCCGGUGCUAUAAAAACCCUGGUAGCUCGGACCUUACACAGACUGCCUCAGUGUGUGCAGAGCCUGGCUGGGAGACUCCCAGCCCCACCUGUCAGAGGACACCCCCUACCUCCUUGCCCACUCUCUUAUAUUCUCCUGAAAUCUUGACUUCUACCUUGGCCUGCCUAGACCAUGCCUCCCAACCUCACUGGCUACUACCGCUUCGUCUCGCAGAAGAACUUGGAGGACUACCUGCAAGCUCUGAAUAUCAACAUGGCUCUGCGGAAGAUUGCCCUGCUGCUCAAGCCGGACAAGGAAAUUGACCAGCAGGGCAACCACAUGACGGUGAAGACCCUCAGCACCUUCCGGAACUACAUUCUGGAAUUCGAGGUGGGAGUGGAGUUUGAGGAGGACCUGAGGAUCGUGGAUGGACGCAAGUGCCAGUCUUCCUUUAUUCCUGCUUUCUCCAUAGUCCAUAAUCACCUGGGAAGGGGAACAGCUGGUUUGCGUGCAGAAAGGAGAGAUCCCUAACCGGGGCUGGCGACUCUGGCUGGAGGGAGAGAUGUUAUAUCAGGAAAUGACCGCACGGGAUGCAGUGUGCCAGUGUAUCUUCAGGAAAGUCAAGUAGCCGGAGAGGAACUGAGGGUCCCCCUCCCCUCCUGGACCACAUGGGUCCCCAGAUUCCUCUUGCCUGUGUCCCCUUCAAGCCCAGGUGGCCCCAGGUCAGCAGUCCCUGUCCCAGGCCACUUACCCUGCCUCUGCAUCCCCCCUCCCCCGCCCCAUGUUAAUCUGUAACUUGCAGCCCCCAGGCCAAAGUCCUUUCCUUCUCACAUUCCACUGCCCAAUAGUGACCUCAUAUCCAGCUCAAGGUCUGGCCUCCUGGAUGAGAGAAACACGCAAAGGGAAAGGGCCUUUGAGAACAAUGAACCUCUGCUCUCUUUCA